UCAACAAUAACAUUUUAGUUUCAAAUGGAGUUUAAAACAAACUCACUUUUUUCUUUAUACUAUGUAUUCCUAUAUUGUUUAUCUGGACUAAAGGGCUCUCAAAAUCACAUAUCCUUUCCACCGAAAAACGUGUGUGACUUUGAUCGAUGUAGUGGAAAAGAUGGCCCUACGAUUAUAGGGCGAGUCCAAGGGUUAUAUAGACUUAAUGGUGUCAAGGUCGGACAUCAACAAGAAGUUGAUUUAGGAGAAGAUGGWAAAGCUACCUUAAUAACAAGAGCUAUGAGACCGCUACUUUUCGAAAUCCCCAACUUCCUAUCUGAAGAAGAAUGUAACUACAUCAUUAACAGAGCUAAAGAGACAGAGAUGUUUUCAAGCAUUGCUAAAGGUGGACUGACAAAAAUAGAUGASUGGAAAUUCGCAUCAAACAUUCGAGGAAAGGCCGAUGGAGAACGUGGAAUGUAUGAGAGCUGGGAYUUUGACAUGGAUGGAAAGAUUACAAUAGAUGAGAUUAAGAAGUUUGCUGCCAUACAGCGAUUUUUGUAUUUAACUGAAGAGGAAAUCAGAGGCAUAUUUAAAAGUUCGAACAUGACAGAACUUGACGAUGGAAUUAUCAGCAAGGUAGAGUUUGACACCAUGAAUACCAUGUUGAUUGACAGCUACYUGUACGAAAUGACCAGAUCACAUCCAAAGCACAGACAAAGAUAUAGUGAACAGACAUGGCUGGACCAGAAAACUGACUACGGGCUGCUUGGAAAGAUCCAGGAAAGAGUCAAGACACUGACAAACCUUUCAAGCGAGAUAAUCUAUGGCAGCGAAUAUCUCCAGGUUCUUCGAUACACUGUUGAUGGMCAUUACCAUGCRCAUUACGACACGGAGACCCACGARCAUCCCGAGAUCCCUUGCUGUCACCAGAAGCCUGUGGUUGACCCAAAUAAGUUGGGUGUCAAUAAAUGUAAAUUAUGCAGAUAUAUAACAAUUCUGUUUUAUUUGAAUGACGUCGAAGAAGGAGGUGAAACUGCAUUUCCUCUAGCAGACAACGCAACUAUUAAUGCAGACCACGUCUUUAACAGCAGACGUCAAGGCAGGGACCUUCAUAAUAUGAAUGARUUCUGUUACUCGGCAAACCUUGUGGUCAAGGCAAAGAGAGGAACUGCUGUCAUGUGGUACAACCACCUCAUGGACGAGGAAAGCGACUGGUUGGGUGAUCGCGAUAUGCGUAGUGUACAUGGAGGUUGUAGAAUCCGGAAGGGCAUCAAGUGGGCUGCAAAUUAUUGGAUACCAGCGGCAUAUAAACACAAUGCACACGACAAGAGCAUAUAUCUUCCAUGGGGGAAGACUCUUCUUGAAAAAGAGAACGAGGACAAAUAAAUGACAAGACAGCUAAAUAAUAUUGACACUAAGGGACUGCGCAAUAUGUAUCAGGAGGGGGGGGUGAUUGAGAAUCCAGGGGGGUAAAUCUAAGUCUAUGUGCUUAAAGAGGCGGGCUUACGUCUAAAAUUAACUAGAACUUUAAUUGGAAACUGAAAAAUCAACGGUGUGCUUUUUGGCCAAAUAUACUUAUUGAAGUGGAAAACUUCUCAAGAAAACCGUGCUACGAAUUACGACAAUUCUUUUUCACGAA